AUGGCUUCCGAGCCCACAACCCCAGUCAAAGUUCCUAAAGCUGCCUCGACAUACACACCCGCAAUCCAAGACCCAGAUCUGCGCUCACAAAUCAACACCGUGCUUUUACGAGAUGGGCAUAUUUCAAAGAUCCAAGAAACCCUCCUACACGCGCUCAACGCAUCCCCACAGAACUGGCCUACCGUAAUUCAAAACCACGCCCUCUCCCUCCUGCGCUCAGGGGACUGCACCACCUUCCCAGCCCUCAUGUCGCGCGUGCUCUCCGACAUAAAAUCCGAUACCGAACUACGGGACCGUACCUCCACCUCCUCCAAUACUUUAGCACCAAACGGAACGAAGACUGGGAAGAAAAAGGAAGAGGAAGUGCGGAAUGGGAAGGGAGAGAAUGGACAGAGUUUGGCAUUGCCAAAGAAUGUAGUGGAUGAGGGGGUCAGGAUUACGAGGGAGUGUUUGGAGUUGGUUUGUGAGGUU